GCCCCGCCCCGGCUCAUCCCCCAGCGGGCUAUAAGUUCAGGUCUCAGCCCAGCCGCACGUCAGUGGUCAGCACUGCACGGUGGCCACCUCCUCGAGGAGCCGCAGCCAGGAGCAGAGCGGAACUUGGCCCCACCAUGGCCGAGGAUCUGGUCCUGGAGAGAUGUGACUUGCAGCUAGAGGUCAAUGGCCGAGACCACCGCACGGCCGACCUGUGCCGGGAGAGGCUGGUGUUGCGGCGGGGCCAGCCCUUCUGGCUGACGCUGCACUUCGAGGGCCGAGGCUAUGAAGCCAGUGUGGACACCCUCACCUUCAGCGCUGUGACCGGCCCAGCCCCCAGCGAAGAGGCCGGGACCAAGGCUCGCUUCUCGCUGUCCGAUGCUGUGGAUGGGUGUGCCUGGUCAGCCUCAGCGGUGGACCAGCAGGAUGGUGUCCUCUCGCUGCUGCUCAACACCCCGGCUGACGCCCCCAUUGGCCUAUAUCGCCUCAGUCUGGAAGCCUCCACAGGCUACCAGGGCUCCAGCUUCGUGUUGGGGCACUUCACCCUGCUCUUCAAUGCCUGGUGCCCAGCGGACACUGUCUACGUGGACUCAGACCAGGAGCGGCAGGAGUAUGUGCUCACCCAGCAGGGCUUCAUCUACCAGGGCUCGGCCAAGUUCAUCAAGAGUACACCUUGGAACUUUGGGCAGUUUGAAGAUGGGAUCCUGGAUAUUUGCCUGAUCCUCUUGGAUGUCAACCCCAAGUUCCUGAAGGACGCUGGCCGUGACUGCUCACGCCGCAGAAGCCCCAUCUAUGUGGGCCGGGUGGUGAGUGCAAUGGUCAACUGCAAUGAUGACCAGGGCGUGCUCCUGGGACGCUGGGACAACAACUAUGGGGAUGGCAUCAGCCCCAUGUCUUGGAUCGGCAGCGUGGAGAUCCUGAGGCGCUGGAAGGACUACGGAUGCCAGCGCGUCAAAUACGGCCAGUGCUGGGUCUUCGCUGCCGUGGCCUGCACAGUGCUGCGCUGCCUCGGGGUCCCCACCCGAGUCGUGACCAACUAUAACUCAGCCCAUGACCAGAACAGCAACCUGCUUAUCGAGUACUUCCGCAACGAAUCUGGGGAGACCGAGGGGAACAAAAGCGAGAUGAUCUGGAACUUCCACUGCUGGGUGGAGUCGUGGAUGACCAGGCCGGACCUGGAGCCCGGGUACGAGGGGUGGCAGGCCCUGGACCCCACACCCCAGGAGAAGAGCGAAGGGACAUACUGCUGCGGCCCAGUCCCAGUUCGUGCCAUCAAGGAGGGCAACCUGAGCAUCAAGUACGACGCACCUUUCGUGUUUGCGGAGGUCAACGCUGACGUGGUGGACUGGAUCCGCCAGGAGGAUGGGUCCCUGCACAAGUCCAUCAACCAUUCCCUGGUCGUGGGGCUGAAGAUCAGCACUAAGAGUGUGGGCCGUGAUGAGCGGGAGGACAUCACCCACACCUACAAGUACCCAGAGGGGUCUGAAGAGGAGAGGGAAGCUUUCACAAGGGCCAACCACCUGAACAAACUGGCUGAGAAGGAGGAGGUAAAGGAGGAAGCACAGGUGGACAUGCGGAUCCGCGUGGGCCAGAACAUGAAUAUGGGCAGUGACUUUGAUGUCUUUGCCCACAUCAACAACAGCACCGCUGAGAGCAGAGACUGCCGCCUCCUGCUCUGCGCGCGCACUGUCAGCUACAAUGGGGUCCUGGGGCCGGAGUGUGGCACCAAGGACCUGCCUGACCUGACCCUGGAUCCCUUCUCGGAGAGGAGCAUUCCUCUGCACAUCCUCUAUGAGAAGUACAGCGACUACCUGACCGAGUGCAACCUCAUCAAGGUGCGGGGCCUCCUCAUCGAGCCAGCAGCCAACAGCUACGUGCUGGCUGAGAGGGACCUCUACCUGGAGAAUCCAGAAGUGAAGAUCCGCGUCCUAGGGGAGCCCAAGCAGAACCGCAAGCUGGUGGCGGAGGUGUCCCUGAAGAACCCGCUCCCUGUGCCACUGCUGGGUUGCAUCUUCACUGUGGAGGGCGCUGGCCUGACCAAGGAGCAGAAGUCCGUGGAGGUCCCGGGCCCCGUGGAAUCAGGGGAGCAGGUGAAGGUGCGGGUGGACCUGCUGCCGACAGAUGUGGGCCUCCACAAGCUGGUGGUGAACUUCGAGUGUGACAGGCUGAAGGCGGUGAAGGGUUAUCGGAAUGUCAUCAUUGGGCCCCCGUAGGGAGCCCUGUGCCCAGCCCCGCCUCAGCCUGCUGGAAACCCCCAACCAGCUCUGGUCUUUCUCUCAAGCUAAUGGGCAAAACUUGUCGCUUAGGGCGGGGGUGGGCUGUGUGGGGGCUCUUUGGAAUGGAAUGUGCUCCCCGCCCAUCUUGUCUCUCUGAGCCUAGCUCCCCACCAGCCCCCUGUGCCAACACAGUGGGCAUCCUGAUCUUGGCUGACUGGAGCUGGGGUGUGAGAGGGGGUCCCUCCAGGUCCUCAGGAAGGAGACCCCUGGGUGCCCACCACAAUGCCAACAGCCAUAGCUGCCCACCUGGUCAACCAGCAAGGUCAGCACCCCGGCACAGCCCUGGCCCCUGAGGAAGCUUGGGGAGCCCAUGGGUUAUCAUCUCCGAGUUUAUCCCUGCACUCUAAGUGAUCAGGCCUCCCUCGAGCUGAAAGGAUGGCACAGUCUCUAUUGGGGGUGAGGUACAGCCUCUGGGGCCCCUGAAGUCCCAGAAAGAGACAGGGAAAAUCACGUUGAUGCCUUUAAAACUUUCUGCUUUGCACGAAGGAGAACCACAGAAUGAGCCAAUAUGGGUAUGAGCUAUAUAAAUACAGCCCUGUUUCUCUGUAGUUUUAUAUAAAAGCUUUCAGAUUCCUAGCAGGCAAUAGAUGUGCUUUUGAACCACAAGGAGCAAGCACUGAAAUAAAAAUUUAUUUUUCACAUGGAAACAA